AUGUCCAACUUCGACCCCAAUGCCAUACUGAGGGGCGCCCAGCUCACUCUUGUUGGAGUAAACCGCGCCCUCCAGAACCCGGCAUUGUUCACCUCAAAACACUAUCGUCAAGCUGCAUUGGCCGUUGCUGCAGGCGUCGCUAUCCGUAUUCUUGUUUCGAUACCAAUUGUCGGCGUCAGAAGCCUAUUAUGGAUGUUAGCCUUCAUUGUAGAUAUGGACCACGCUCAUUGGGACAAUGCUGUGGCGGACGGUCUCCAUUUCCUCGAGCACUCCGUUCUUCAAGUGCCCUUCUUUUUGAUGACGCUCAUGCGAUACAUCACUCCGACUCUCGACCAGAUGUUUAUGGAUUCCCUGCAUUGGGUCGACCAAACAUACAUCCAGAAGCACAAGUCCGAAGAUCCUCGUAACCUCCGCGCAAUGUACUAUCCCAAUCUGAAUAUGUACCAAACACAUGGCCUCAAGAACGAAACCAAGACGCCUCUCAAACAAGCCAUCACCGCUUUCGCCAUCAGAUACGGACGCAAGGCUGGCAUUUCACUCGCUGUACUGGCUCUGUCAUACGUUCCCUACGUCGGCCGCUUCGUGCUUCCCGCAGCCAGUUUCUAUACCUUCCAAAAAUCUGUUGGUCCGCAGCCAGCUGUAGCUAUAUUUGCAGUAUCGCUUGUGAUGCCACGGCGAUACUUGAUAUCCUUCUUGCAAUCAUAUUUCUCUUCCCGGACUCUCAUGCGCGAAUUGUUGGAGCCUUACUUUGCGCGGGUACGCUAUUCAAAAGAACAAAAGCAAUUGUGGUUCAAAGAUCGAGCCGGCGUACUGUUCGGCUUUGGACUCGGCUUCUACGUCUUCGUCAAGAUACCCUUGGUUGGAGUCCUGAUCUAUGGACUAGCGGAAGCCUCAACAGCCUACUUGAUUACCAAGAUCACUGAGCCUCCGCCAGCUCCUUCAGAGGCUGAAGGUUUCAAGCAGGAGGAUGUUAGAUGGAAGAACAAGCAUGAAUUUCUCAAUCUGCCAUGGCAUGAUAUGGAUGCAUACAAUAUUGAGAUGGCAAAGGACAAGUUUCGAUCAGAAGUUCGACAAACGCCUCGCAAAACCUUUAAGACGACCAUGGGUAAACAAGAAAUCCGCUACGCCGCGAAAGUAUCUCUGGAUACGCCACCACCAGAGCAAAAGGUGCUUCAUAAUCGCUGGCACCCAGACGUCCCCUCCGUCGGCACCAUCAAGAACGGAGAAGUUGUCAAGAUUGAAUGUUUGGACUGGACUGGCGGCCAAAUCGGAAACAACGAUUCUGCAGAUGACGUCCGCGAUGUUGACCUUACGAAAAUUCACUACCUAACCGGGCCCUUCGAUAUCGAAACCGCUGAGCCGGGCGAUGUACUCCUAGUAGAAAUUCAAGACGUGCAGCCACUUCAAGAGCAACCGUGGGGAUUCACUGGUAUCUUUUCGAGAGAAAACGGGGGUGGUUUCCUCGACGAGAUCUAUCCGAAGCCCGCAAAAGCAAUCUGGGACUUCGAAGGCAUAUUCUGUUCCUCUCGCCACAUCCCCGGUGUCCGCUUCGCAGGCCUCAUCCACCCAGGCAUUUUGGGCUGCGCGCCUUCGCAAGAAAUUCUAGAGACCUGGAACACCCGCGAAGCCGAGCUCAUCUCAACACACAGCCAUCUCGACAAGAUUGUCGCGCAGCCUCCCGAGCCUCAGAACGUGCAUGCCGGCACCGCCUCAGAUGAUAUCAAAAAGAAAAUAGGCAAGGAAGGCGCACGCACAAUCCCCGGCCGCCCCGAACACGGCGGAAACUGCGAUAUCAAGAACCUCUCCCGCGGCUCCAAGGUCUAUCUACCCGUGCACGUCAAAGGGGCGAAGUUCAGCGUGGGCGACCUACAUUUUUCGCAGGGCGACGGAGAAAUCAGCUUCUGCGGCGCAAUCGAGAUGGCCGGCGUCAUCACAGUGAAGUGCACAGUGAUGAAAGACGGCGUUGCUCAGCUUGGCAUGAAGAGCCCGAUUUACAUCCCUGGGCCUGUGGAGCCGCAGUUUGGACCUGGCAGGAUGUUGUAUUUUGAGGGUUUUAGCGUGGAUGAGAAGGGGAAGCAGCAUUACUUGGAUGCUACGGUAGCUUACCGACAAACCUGUCUCAGGGUCAUCGAGUACUUGAAGCGAUAUGGCUACGACGACUACCAGAUUUAUCUACUGCUAUCGUGUGCGCCUAUCCAAGGGCAUAUUGCGGGUAUCGUUGAUAUUCCGAAUGCUUGCACGACUAUUGGGCUACCGAUGGAUAUUUUUGAUUUCGAUAUCAGGCCGGAGACGAAGGCGCAGAAGAUAGACUUGGGCAAGUGUGCCUAUGCGAGUAGCUAG